GCAGGAUUAGUCGGGAGCAGCAGAGACAGCGCUCCGGUAAUCUCCCGGUAAUAUAUGGUGGGAGACGCGCACGUUCGGAACUGCCAGUACCGACUGAUACCGGAGGCCCCCUGAGACUCCUGAGAAGAUCCCUGCAUUUGAAGCAUGAUGGGUCGCUUCAUGACGCCGCAGCAAACCAACGCGCCCCGGGCAGGUAAACGCAGCAGCAGCCUCACCUGCAAAGCCACAGCGGAGGACAGCGGAGCUCCUCAGCGGACACUUUGCUGACCGAGAGGCACCGGGCGGGCAGACAGAUACCUCAGUGUACUUUUACCAUGGAGGAGAGCCCGGCAGAGUAACUUCCAGCAGCCUACAGUAUCCACAGCCAGACUGUCAGAGAGGACACCGAUCUUCACAAUGACCCGUUAAAUUCCUGCUGCCGAUGCUUUCUUUAGAGAGUGGAUUGACCAUCUCCUAACAGCAGAGGAGACGAGCAGAGGCCUUUAUUCGUUUAUUUCAGUCUUCAGAUGGACCGAGUGCCCUCGGCACUGGCCGCUAAGAUGCGCUGGAUCACGCUGAUGCUUGCCGGCUUGACUUUCUGGGGCAAAGUGACUAUUUCUAACUGUUUCGACUACGAUGAGCCAGACUAUGACUAUUAUGAAGAGGAGAGAGCGGAGACCAUUGACUACAAAGACCCAUGCAAAGCCGCUGUAUUCUGGGGCGACAUCGCUUUAGACGAGGAGGACCUGCGAAUGUUCCAGAUUGACAGGACGAUAGACCUCACACAGCACACACACAUGCGCACACACUCCCGGCAGGGGCACACAUCUGGUGGCCUGGAGGAACAUGAAAUUGCGAAGAAGAGAGGCUCAUUAUACCUGCUGCUGGAAAGAAUACGUAGAUUUGGCUUCGACUAUCUCCCCAAGAACGUCAGCAAGGGAGCUGCCAGUACCAAGAGCCAAACUGGGAAAGGUGGAAGAGCUGGGAGCGUCGCAAAGAGCCGUAUUCCUCGAGCAGCCACAUCCAGAGCUGAGAGGAUAUGGCCUGGAGGAGUCAUUCCCUACGUCAUAGGAGGAAACUUCACUGGUAGUCAGAGGGCCAUGUUUAAGCAGGCCAUGCGUCACUGGGAGAAACAGACGUGCGUAACUUUCAUUGAGAAGACAGACGAGGAAAGCUACAUAGUGUUCACCUACAGGCCCUGCGGGUGUUGUUCCUAUGUGGGUCGUCGUGGCAACGGGCCCCAGGCUAUCUCCAUCGGUAAGAACUGUGACAAGUUUGGCAUCGUGGUGCACGAACUGGGCCACGUCAUUGGCUUCUGGCAUGAGCACACACGACCUGACCGUGACGAUCAUGUGACCAUCAUCCGGGAUAACAUCCAACCAGGCCAGGAGUAUAACUUCCUCAAGAUGGAGCCAGGGGAGGUCAACUCUCUUGGGGAGCCAUAUGAUUUUGAUAGCAUCAUGCACUACGCCAGGAACACCUUCUCACGGGGGAUGUUUCUCGACACCAUCCUUCCAUCCAGAGAUGAAAAUGGCGUCCGGCCUGCUAUUGGCCAGCGGACCAGGCUCAGUAAAGGAGACAUUGCACAGGCAAGGAAGCUGUAUAGAUGUCCAGCAUGUGGAGAGACGCUCCAAGAGUCAACGGGCAACUUUUCGUCUCCUGGUUACCCCAACGGAUACCCGUCAUACACACACUGUGUCUGGAGAAUAUCUGUUACACCCGGAGAGAAGAUUGUUCUCAACUUCACCACCAUGGAUCUGUAUAAGAGCAGUCUGUGCUGGUAUGACUACAUUGAGGUUCGGGAUGGAUACUGGAGGAAAGCUCCGCUGCUCGGCAGGUUUUGUGGAGAUAAAGUUCCUGACGUCUUGAUUUCCACUGAUAGCAGAAUGUGGAUUGAGUUCCGCAGCAGCAGCAACUGGGUGGGGAAGGGCUUUGCUGCCAUUUAUGAAGCAAUCUGUGGUGGGGAGAUCACCAAGGACUCAGGACAGAUUCAGUCUCCAAACUACCCUGAUGACUACAGACCCUCCAAAGAGUGUGUGUGGAGGAUCACGGUGUCCGAAGGCUACAACGUCGGGCUCAGCUUCCAGGCCUUUGAGAUCGAGAGGCACGACAGCUGUGCGUACGACUAUCUGGAGGUUCGGGAUGGCCCUCUGGAGACAAGUCCCCUGAUUGGUCGCUUCUGUGGCUACGACAAACCUGAGGAUGUGCGCUCCACGUCACACACCCUCUGGAUGAAGUUUGUCUCAGACGGGACGGUGAACAAGGCCGGCUUUGCUGCAAACUUUUUCAAAGAGGAGGAUGAGUGUGCCAAACCAGACAAUGGUGGAUGUGAACAGAGAUGUGUAAACACUCUCGGCAGCUUCAAGUGUGCCUGUGACCCUGGCUAUGAACUAGCUCCUGACAAGAAGAGCUGUGAAGCGGCAUGUGGUGGUCUUCUCUCUAAGCUGAAUGGGACUAUCAGCACUCCGGGUUGGCCUAAAGAGUAUCCACCAAACAAGAACUGUGUGUGGCAGGUGGUCGCUCCCACUCAGUAUCGCAUCUCCAUGCAGUUUGAGGCCUUUGAGCUGGAGGGGAACGAGGUCUGUAAAUACGACUACGUGGAGGUGCGGAGUGGCCUUUCGUCUGACUCUAAGCUACAUGGGAAAUACUGUGGCACCGAGGUCCCUGAGGUCAUCACCUCUCAAUACAACAACAUGAGAAUUGAGUUCAAGUCUGACAACACCGUCUCCAAGAAAGGCUUCAAGGCUCACUUCUUCUCAGACAAAGAUGAGUGCAGCAAGGACAACGGCGGCUGCCAGCACGAGUGCAUCAACACAGUGGGCUCUUACGUUUGUCAGUGUCGCCAUGGCUUUGUACUGCAUGAGAACAAACAUGACUGUAAGGAAGCUGAGUGUGAGCAUAAGAUCCACAGCCCCAGUGGGACCCUGAGCAGCCCUAACUGGCCAGACAAGUAUCCCAGCCGUAAGGAGUGCACCUGGGACAUCACAGCCACACCAGGGCACCGAGUCAAGAUUACCUUCAACGAGUUUGAGAUCGAGCAGCAUCAGGAGUGUGCGUAUGACCAUCUGGAGGCCUUCGAUGGGGACAGUGACACAGCAGCCAUCUUGGGUCGACUGUGUGGCAGUAAAAUCCCAGAGCCUCUGGUCUCCACCGGAAACAAGAUGUACCUCCGUUUCAUCUCUGACGCUUCAGUACAAAGGAAGGGCUUCCAAGCUACACACUCCACAGAGUGUGGAGGGCGUCUGAAAGCAGAAGCUCGUCAGAAGAACCUCUACUCUCACUCCCAGUUUGGAGACAACAAUUACCCAGGUCACACUGACUGUGAGUGGCUGCUGACAGCUGAACAGGGUUACGGCAUCGAGCUGAGCUUCAUCACAUUUGAGGUAGAGGAGGAAGCUGACUGUGGUUAUGACUACAUCGAGCUGUACAACGGGUACGACGCUAACUCACAUCGACUCGGCCGCUUCUGCGGUUCAGGGCCUCGGGAGGGGAUUUACUCGCCCGGAGACGCCAUGCUGAUUCGUUUCCAUAGCGAUGACACAAUCAGCAAGAAGGGCUUCCACAUCCGCUAUACGAGCACCAAGUUCCAGGAGAGCCUUCACACCAGGAAAUGACCUCACACGUAGCCCGUGACCUCUGACCUCUGUGCAGCCCCGCCACUGUUACCCUGACCUUCGCCAUGGCAACGAGAAAAGUACAGCCUGUCCCCUCUUCUUGGACAGAUGUGGACGUUUGUGGACGUUGGCCAGCCAUGGGAGGAAGACAACACUUUGGUGAACAUUCGUCUCCCUCUGUGGCUCCACACAGGUCAUCGCACCCUGAGAUGAGACAGGAAAAACAACGAGAUAUCAAUACGAGUUUCAACAAACGUGGGGAAAUGUGCUGAUGACUGAGUGAGCCGUUUUUGUGGAGGGCAUGGUUUUCAUUACUGCACAUCAAGAUUCCCUUGUUCAGUGUGGACAGAGGGUCGCAGAAGAUCCAAAUUAGUUUACUGAGAUACUAACGGUUGCACAAGUGCAAACAAAAGACGACCAACACACACACACACACACACACACACACUAGAUUCAUAUUCAGAAUUAUAAACUAUGGAUGCUAAAGGAACUAAAGAGCUACAAGAAAAUGCAUCCAGGAGUCUUUUCUGGCUCCUUAAUCCUUGACCUGUGCGACUUACUGUGAUCAGACGGCUGCUCAUAACCCACAGUAACUGAAAGGAAACACUAAACAGACAUUUUUAUUGCCUUUGAUGCCUGGGAACUGGUCACUUCAACCCAGCUCAGAAUGGCUGCAGAUGGUUUUAUUUCAUGUCUUAUUGUAAAACCCAUUGUGUUUACUGUAUGUGUGUGUUUGUGUGUGUGUGUGUGUGUGUGUGUGUGUGUGUGUGUGUGUGUGUGUGUGUGUGUGUGUGUGUGUGUAUGUGUGUGUACAGAGAAAAGAACAAACAAAAGGCUGAAGUCCGUCCUUUGCCCUUUUUGCUUAAAGCUUAUGCAUACGACCAUUGAGGAAUGGAAAACAAAAAAAAAGAAAAGAAAAAAUGCAAAUGGUGAAUUUCCAAAUGAUCUGUGAUGUUAAUGUUAAGCCUUGCAUUAUGUUGUGUGUGUCCAUGCUGUUUUUGAUUUUCACCAUCUUGUAACAAACCAAGCAACUUUCAUGGAUAUUUCCAGUUUCCUCUUCAACCACAAUAAUCAUGAGAUUUUUUUUUCAGUGGAUAUCGGAAGGGAAUAUUUUUCACAGCUGUCUCUCGGAGUGACACGAUUCUGAUUGAAGGAGAGAUUCCCAUGGUGCUAAAAUAAAAAUACACUGAAUGACUGAGUGAAGGUUUUCAAAUGGAGACACAGUCAGCGUGCAAACAGCACACUGCAUCAACAGCACUAGUCCUGUGGAACUACAAUUUUGCCUUAGAACCAAAUGUAUGCUAUUGGAGGUCGCUCCUAUGCUCUUGCACAGGUGUCUUGUGUCAGCGGAGAGUUUUAAAGGUUUUUUGGCAGCGUAUUUCAUUUGUUUGAAGAUCUUGAAUGGUUUUAUUGUGAAAAAAAACAUGGGAAAUGUAGUCUGUGUGUGAGAUAGUGUCUACGGUGCAUGUGUGUUUGUGUCAUUUUUGUAGCUGCUCUCAGAGAUACAUACACACAUGCUUACACAUCCACAAAUACACACAAAAAAAACCACACCUCAUUUUUGUGCUUUUUCCCAACCAAUAUCUGAACACACACUUCCCCUCUGUAAAUUUGGAGUGUGGAGAGCAAAGUGUUGUACCAGGUGCAUACAGGCUGCAUCGUUUCUGUGUUAAAUGCAUUAUGUGUAAGUGUGUGUUAUAGGAAAUUAUAGAGAAAUAAUGUGUGUGUGACUGUAAGCUGCAUGUUUUUAAGUUGAAUCAUUCACUGCUGUACGUGCCAAGCUCUAGGUGACCCUGAUCCACCUUAGUUUUUGUUUCAUCAUUCCACCUUUUGUUUCAUCAUUGUGUCUGUAGUUCAGAGACACUGACAAGACAUCCUCUGCAUCAGUCAUUAAAAUACACACAGGUAAAAAUGA